CCGUUUUCGAAGUCGAAGUGGCUGACGCUUCGGAGCAGGAGAAAUAGAAUCAGAACUCGCAAGCCAUUAUGUUAGGGUUUAGAAGUUAAAAGAGUUGUGAGAAGAAGCUUUUGGUUGAGAUCAGAAAUGGCGGAAGGCAACAGAUCGACGGGGGUUGUGAAGUGGUUCAAUGGGCAAAAGGGUUUUGGUUUCAUCGCUCCCGAUGAUGGUAGCGACGAUGUUUUCGUUCACCAAACGUCGAUCCGUUCCGAUGGGUUCAGGACUCUUUCGGAGGGUGAGCAGGUCGAGUUCGAGAUCGAACAUGGCGAUGAUGGACGAACGAAGGCUGUAGAUGUGACUGGAUUGAACGGAUCUGAGGUAUCCGGUGGUGGUGGUGGACGUGGGUUUUCCGGUGGAAGAGGCAGGGGAUCUUACGACAGUUAUGGUGGUGGGUUUGGUAGUGGGUUUGGGAGAGGGUGGAGUGGCGGCGGCGGCAGCGGCAGAGGAGGGAGGUCUGGUGGUGGUUAUGGCGGUGGCGGUGGUGGUGGGGCUGGCGCGUGCUAUAAUUGUGGGCAGACCGGUCACUUGGCAAGGGAGUGUUUUCAAGGAAGUGGUGGUGGGAGAUAUGGUGGCAGUGAUUAUUCCGGUGGUGGCGGUGGUGGUUAUUCCGGUGGUGGACGUGGUGGUUAUUCCGGUGGUGCACGUGGUGGUUAUUCCGUUGGUGGAGGUGGUGGUUUUUCCGGUGGUGGUGGGGGUUGUUAUAACUGUGGUGAGCAAGGGCAUUUUGCGAGGGAAUGCCCGAACGACCAGAGAUCAUGAGAAAGAGGUCGUUUUCUUGGUGGGUUUUUUAGGGUCGGUAGUUUGGUAUCAGUGAUGUUGAUUUGGUUAUAGUUUUGCAUAUUGUUUGUGGAUUUUCUAUCUAAUAUUUUGGGGAAGAUGGUUUUGGGGAAACGUACAGAGAAGGAGUUCUCAGGGUUCAAAACGUCGGUUCCAUCUCCAAUUUUGCUGCUGCUGCUCUCUUUUUCUUCUUCUUUUUCUUUUGGGGGGUGAUUCUCAUGUUUUUGCUGCGUUUUGUGGAACAAUUGCUUACAGAAGAUAAAUAAUUCUUCUUACUUAAUUCUUUCCUGGAAGAAUCUCUUUUACUUGUUAAUGAAAUCCUUUUGUUGAUCU